AUGGGUAACACAUCCUCAGGUAUACCUCCAAGCGGGCAAGGUGACCAGAAGGACAAAAAGGACAAGCAGCAACAACAGCAGCAGCAGAAGAAGUGGGAACCCCCUCUGCCGACACGCGUCGGCAAGAAAAAGAGGAGGCGCGGCCCUGACUCUGCUUCCAAGCUCCCCGCCGUGUACCCUACCACUCGGUGUCGCCUGAAGCUGCUCAAGAUGGAGCGCAUUAAGGACUACCUGCUCAUGGAGGAGGAGUUCAUUGUGAACCAAGAGCGGCUGAAGCCUGAGGCGUCCCUCGAGGAGAAGAACGAGGAGGACAGGACGAAGGUAGACGACAUCCGCGGCAGCCCCAUGGCGGUUGGAACCUUGGAAGAAAUUAUUGAUGACGACCAUGCGAUCGUCAGCACCGCGUCAGGUCCAGAGUUCUACGUCUCCAUCAUGAGUUUCGUCGACAAAGACCUUCUCGAACCCAGCUGUCAGGUCCUGCUCCAUCACAAGACGCAGGCGGUCAUCGGUGUCCUGCAGGAUGACGCAGACCCCAUGGUCAACGUCAUGAAGUUGGACAAGGCGCCAACAGAGAGCUAUGCCGAUAUUGGUGGUCUUGAACAACAAAUUCAGGAAAUCAAGGAAUCUGUCGAGCUACCUCUGACACAUCCAGAGUUGUAUGAAGAGAUGGGUAUCAAACCACCAAAGGGUGUCAUUUUAUACGGUGUGCCCGGUACCGGAAAGACGCUCCUUGCCAAGGCCGUGGCGAACCAAACGUCCGCUACAUUCUUGCGCGUCGUCGGUUCGGAGCUCAUCCAGAAGUACCUUGGUGACGGUCCGAAGCUAGUGCGAGAAUUGUUUCGAGUGGCGGAGGAGCAUGCACCAAGUAUUGUCUUCAUUGACGAGAUUGAUGCCAUUGGUACGAAGCGAUAUGAGUCGACAUCUGGGGGCGAGCGGGAAAUCCAACGUACCAUGUUGGAGCUGCUUAAUCAGUUAGAUGGCUUCGACACCCGUGGGGAUGUGAAGGUGAUCAUGGCGACCAACAGAAUUGAAACGCUGGAUCCUGCCCUCAUUCGACCAGGUCGUAUCGAUCGAAAGAUUGAGUUCCCCUUACCCGACAUUAAGACCAAGCGGCACAUUUUCAAGCUUCACACCUCGCGCAUGAGUCUUUCAGAAGAUGUCGAUCUGGAGGAGUUCGUAAUGGCGAAGGACGACAUGUCAGGCGCAGAUAUCAAGGCAGUGUGCACGGAGGCAGGGUUGUUGGCUCUGAGAGAACGCCGCAUGCGGGUCACCAAGGCUGACUUCACAGCUGCAAGGGAGAAGGUAAUGUACCGGAAGAACGAGGGAACGCCGGAAGGUCUUUACCUAUAA